AUGGAAGCACUUUUUCCCAGAUUUGGAAAAAUUAAGGAUCAUCAUGAUACAUGGGAGGAUUAUGAAAUUGGGUUUACACAUUUCAUCCAAAUUACAUAUAAACCAGACUUGGAUACAUUUGAGAAAGUUUGGAUGCAUUAUGAUGCAAUAAAUCUAAAAUAUAAUCAUCAAGGUGGUGAUAUUCUGUUGGUUAUCAAGCAUAAAAAUAAAAAUGAAUUUGGAUGUAUUGUCAUUCAGGUGAAGAAUUGGGCAGUUGUGAAUCAAAAUGUAUAUGAUGAUGUUGGCAGAAAAUUAGAAAUAGACUAUAUAUAUCCUGAAAUAGUGUUAGGAUUGUCAAACUUUUAUGAGGAGAGAACUUCUGGGUUUGAAGCAAUGCAAUCUUUUGUGCGUGCAAGAGAUGAUCCUUUUGCAAGAGAAGUGAAUAGUGAAAAAAUUAAGAUAGCAAGUUUAUUAUCACACAUGUUACCAUUGUUUUAUCAGCAAAUCAAACAAGGAUGA